AAAAUUUUUGGAUAAAGAAUAAAUGGCCAAAUCACUCUUCCCGCUCUGAAACCCUCUCCCCUCUCUCUCUCUCUCUCUCUCUCAACUCUACCUCACUUCCUCUCUCAUCCCCAUCAAUGGCGGUUUCCCUCUCAACCCCGUCCCUCUCCUUCUUCUCCUCCUCCCUAUUUUCUCACUCUAACCCACUUUGUAAAACCCUCUCUCUCUCUACGUCCUCAAUCCCUCACCUCUCUCUCUCUAACCCUCCAAACCCCAAACCCAUCGUCUCAGAGCUUUCCACCCUUCCAGUUCUCACCUUCGAUGGCGAAAACACAGGCAAAACCCUAACCCUAAACCUCAAAUCCGCCCCCACCGAAACAGCGAGGGCAGUUGUUCACAGGGCCAUAAUCACUGAUCAGCAAAACCAGAGGAGAGGGACGGCUUCAACGCUAACCAGAGGCGAAGUGAGAGGAGGGGGCAAAAAGCCCUACCCCCAGAAGAAAACUGGCCGAGCUCGAAGGGGCUCUCUGAGAACUCCACUGAGGCCUGGAGGAGGUGUUGUCUUUGGGCCUAAGCCUAAGGACUGGUCCAUUAAAAUCAAUAGAAAGGAGAAGAGGCUGGCAAUUUCGACUGCGAUUCUCAGCGCCAGUGUUAACACAGUGGUGGUUGAGGAAUUCAAUGAGAAAUUUGAGAAGCCAAAGACUUCGGAGUUUGUAGGGGCUUUGAAGAGGUGGGGCGUAAACCCUAAAGAGAAUUGUAUGGUUUUCUGCACAGAGGUUUCCGAGAAUGUGAUACUGUCCAGCCGAAACAUCGGGACUGUGAAAAUCUUGACGCCAAGGACUCUGAAUUUGUUUGAUAUUUUGAAUGCCGAGAAGCUGGUUUUUACGCAGUCAGCGGUGGAUUACUUGAAUGAGAUGUAUGGGAUUGAGGCUCCAAAUGAUGAUGAUGAUGAUGAUGGAGAGGAGGAAGAAGGAGAAGCGGGUGGAGAUGAAGGAGAAAGAAGUUCAGAUUCAGCAGAGUAGCAGCCGUGGAAAAUGUUCACUUUUCUUGCAAUUCAUCAAUCCUUUUGGAGCCAAUGCAUCCAUGUAAAGAGAGGCUACAUCUCCAGACUUUGGCAAUAAUUCUGCGAUAUAGUCUUCCCCAGGAGCUGGAGUUUUUUGGCAUAUUAUAAUGGUCUUGUAUUGCUUUCUCUCCUUUUUUUCCUCUUUUUUUGGUAAAUUGUAUUCACUUCUUUUUAUCGGCCAUUAAUGUGCCAUGAAAGCUGUUGUAUGCCAACCUUGCUUCGGAAAACUGUCAUGUGGUAGAUCAAUUUAAUUGUUUUCUUGGCUUGAUCA